AUGUCACUAAACGCAUACGGUGGUACCUUUGUGGGAUUAAAAGCAAUUAGGGAAGGGUUAAAGAUUGAAAAUAUUCAGCCAAAUAAGAAAUUCCAGUUUCCGGAGCUGGAUGAGAAGGCCGAAAAGGUAAUCGUCACCCUAAUAUCAGUGGAAAAAUUAAUGUUACCGAAGGUAAAAGCACCCUCAAAAUUAGAGUUGGUUGUAACAGUAAUUUUCGAUAAGGACUCCAUAGAAGAGUCGUUAAAGCAUUCAAGGCAAAAUUCCAAAAUAAUAGAACCAGAAUUCGUUCAUAAUUCGUAUUAUGGGAGUUUCAACUCAUAUGAAAUGGUUUUGCCAUGCGAUAAGAGAAAGGUUUUAACACUGUAUCUGUCAUGUAUAACAACAACAGUACUGGAAGAUAGAAGUAAGAGAGUGGAGUUUAGAGGAUAUGCAUACACUCAAAUGAUUGACCUUUCAAAAUGUGUGGAUCAUAAACAAAAUAAAGAGGAGAUGAAACUGACGGAAGAGAAUGGAACGAAGGGAGUUAUGAUCACCUUCCGAGUUGUAACUACAAAGGCAAACAUCGGUCCUGAGGUUCAAGAGGAUAAAAUUUGCAAGUUGGUCAAUUUAUGUUACUUUUUUUUAGCUUUUUGGACAAGUUCAAACCAGAGGAAAAGUGAAUCAUUUUAA